CCGUUGACUUGUCUACACGAAGCAGACAUGAAGCGAAUCGCAGGACCAUGAGUGAGAAAUCCGACAGGGUCCGGUGUGAGCUUAUGCACUGUGUUACUGGUGUAUAUCUUGUUGUAGAGACAGUGAGACACUUCGAUAUUAGAUAAUGAAUUAUUCAAACCACAGCUGUUAUCCAGCUGUGUGUUAAGUCAAACCUAGGAGAUUAGAAUGUUUGGGCGGAAGGAAAGAAAAAAACGCGACCUGGCAACCUGACAGGCGGGCGUGUGCGUUCCCUUGAGCGAUUUCCCAGCAAGUUCCAUCGAUAAACACAGUCAGAGCUGCAGUGGAGCUUCACACUUCAGUGCUUUUGAUGAACAGAGCUGAGCUUCGACCUUCACUGGAAGGCGGACGAUGACCUCCUGAGAGCUGCUGUCCAUCAUGAAGAAGCGAGCCAAUAAGGCGCUGGAGCUGGAUGAUCCUUUGUGCUGCUGUGAGUAUGUGGACCGUCAUGGUGGGCGGAGUCACAUGGCAGCAUGUUGCUGUGACUGUGAGGAUCUGGACGAGGCUUGUGACAGAUGGAUGAAGAGAGAACCCCAGAACCUGGACUCGCUAUCUCGAGUGGCUGCCACAGUGACGGAUCGUCUGCGAGUGCCCUGGAUUUCAGGAGCUAAAAAAGUCGACCUGUCCUCGAUCCCACCACUUAUCCUACUUCCUAUCCUCUUGCACAUCGCUGCUCUGCAUUACCUGCUGGGUAUCGUAGUCCUGACAGCACUACCCGGCAUGGUGCUUUGGUAUUACUACUUCACCCACCGCAAGAAAGGACGCACGCUGUUCUUCCUCAGCCUGGCGCUCUUCUCCCUGUUCUACAUGUACUACCUCUUCCUCACUGAGGUUGUACCACGAGGCGACAUCACUAACGUACAGCUGGGGAUCAUCACGCUAGGCGUAGUGCUUACCCUCAUUGCCCUCAUGAAUACAAAGAAAGGGCCGGGCUACGUCAAGCCCAGUCCUGCUGACACGCACAGCACAGUGACGUAUCCCGGCCCUCCCCUGGAUAUAGACCCCGCCUACCACAACGGAUCACGGCAUCAGGUAGUGAUCACCAAUCCGACGAGUCCUCCUGAGCAGGCCGCUGAGUCCCGAGCUGUGGCAGGCAACAUGUUGGAGAAAGACAGCGGCAAGAGGAACUGGUGUCCGUUCUGCAAGCUGGUGCGACCUCCGAGAGCCGGACACUGCAGGAUCUGCGGGGCUUGUGUCCUCCGCCUGGACCAUCACUGUGUCUGGAUUAACAGCUGUGUGGGUCAGGCCAACCACUGCAGCUUCCUCCUGACACUGCUCUUCUUCCUGUUGACCUCACUGUACGGGAUCAGCCUGGUGCUGCGCAGUGUGUGUCCCACCCAGAGCGUCCUGACCGCCUUGCUCUACUGCCCCGAUGUCUACAGUCAGUCCAGCUCGGCCUUGUGCUUCACCUGUGCCUGGUACAGCAGCAUCGUCACUGGAGGUUUACUUCACCUGCUGGUGCUGCAGCUGAUCAAUGUCAGCUACAACGUAACAGAGCGUGAGGCUCGAAUCGCUCUGAGGGACAAGACGGGACGCAGUCUCAUCUGGGGCCUCAUCAUCGACACGGGUGUGUACUCCCACGGCUUCCGCGCCAACUGGACCGAAUUCCUCACCAUGGGUGAGACGUUGGAGCCCAAAGCCCUGAAACCCACAGAUCUGGUGUAGACAUCUGCUUAACGUCUGAGCCUUAAAGACACGUAGCUUAUCGGAGGUCAUGAAAAGCUGUCAGACUGAAGCGUUACACACGUCCAGACCCACCGUACACCCAGGAUUCGUUUUAUUUCCCUGGUUUCAACCGAGUGGCAGAAAGGCUUGUUAUAUUUUUGUCCACUAAGUGGCAGCAGUAUACUUUCAUCUUGCUCUAACCAAAUGACGAUGCCUCCUUAUCAGUACACCUCAAAAGUGAUCGAGUCUGGGCAUCAAACUGUUCACCAGACCUAACAUCUGUGACUCCUAAGCCAUAUAAAGCAUACCACGAACCCGUAACUUUCAGAGCUGCUGUGUUUCUCUGUCUCCACUGCCCAGAAUGCAAAGUAGUGUUGUGUAGAUAUCACUUCAUGAUUUAGUGCCUUGCUGGGACAUGGGAGGAGGGGGAAAUAAAAGAGACCACAAUGUAUUCUUGUCCAGAAUUGCAGCCAGCUAUAAAACAGACUGUCGCAGUGAAUGUGCAAUAACAGAUGUCAGAGGACACUGUGUGUGUGUGUAUGUCAUGUUUUCUAUUCCUUAAAUAGAGAUUUGUUUAAUAUAAUAUAAUCUCAUCUCAUUAUCUCUAGCCGCUUUAUCCUGUUCUACAGGGUCGCAGGCAAGCUGGAGCCUAUCCCAGCUGACUACGGGCGAAAGGCGGGGUACACCCUGGACAAGUCGCCAGGUCAUCACAGGGCUGACACAUAGACACAGACAACCAUUCACACUCUCAUUCACACCUACGCUCAAUUUAGAGUCACCAGUUAACCUAACCUGCAUGUCUUUGGACUGUGGGGGAAACCGGAGCACCCGGAGGAAACCCACGCGGACACGGGGAGAACAUGCAAACUCCGCACAGAAAGGCCCUCGCCGGGCACGGGGCUCGAACCCGGACCUUCUUGCUGUGAGGCGACAGUGCUAACCACUACACCACCGUGCCGCCCGUUUAAUAUAAUUGUUAAACAAAUAAUCGAGUUGCAGUGUUUUGUUAAAAAAAAAAAAAUCAGCUCAGAAUGAACAUAUGGAAUUUCAUCUCAUUUUGUUAAAAACACAUGAGCAAAAAAUACAACUUCAUGGAAGAACACAGGUUUCAGCUACACACUGUUUGUUCUGAUCUGUGUAUCACGAUGCAUCAGUGAUGAGCUGCUCAAAUUGAUUGUGACUCAAAAAAUAAAAGUUUUGAAAAGA